AGUUAUCCUGUUUGAAUUUCAACAAAGUAAAUAAAGUUUUAUUAGACGGCAGUCUAAGAUAAUCGGAGAAAUAGUCGUGAAAAAAUGUAGGUGACAGUAUCUUUUCACAAUACAGGUAAUUUUAGUAGUCCUACCUUAUGCUGUUUGAUAGUCUGUCAGUGGGUCGUUUAUCUCGCUCGGGACGUUAUAUACAGAAGUAGGUCGCAGGUAUACACCAUAGGCCAUCACGCAACGUCAAGAUAUCUUGAAGAUAAAAUGGACUCAGAAUGUGUUGUAAAUGGUAGCAUGGCAGCAUCUUCCUCAUCAAUGUUGUCUAGAUUGAAGGUGUUUGUUCCACCAAUAUGGGCUCAAGGUCUUCAACACAUCCCUAAGUUCAUGAUACCACUUAGCCACAAAAAUAAUCAAAUAAAUUCCUGGAAUCUUCCUGGUGUUCCGGAGUCAUUUCAUGUAUUUCUCAGGCGAGAGGAUACCGACGGAACAGCCAUUGCAGGAAAUAAGGUCAGAAAACUUGAAUUCUUAUUGGCUGAUGCAGUGUCUAAGAACUGUAAACAUGUGAUAACUUGUGGUGGAAUCCAGUCCAAUCAUUGUAGGAUUACUGCUUUAGCUGCCAGAGAAUUAGGAAUGACUCCACAUCUAAUCCUCAGGGCUGAUGUUAAGAAUGUAGAUGAUGUUGGUUGUGAAGGCAAUGUUUUACUUAACCGAAUGUGUGGUGCUCAUAUGUACAUGGUGCCUAAAUCAUCCCCCUACCACACGGAAUUGAACCCGCGAAUGGAAAAGCUGGCUAAAGCUAUUCGAGAGAAGACAGGAGAAGAGAGCUACUUAAUUCCUGUGGGUGGAUCCAAUACUGUAGGAAUGUUUGGGUUCCUUAUGGUUUUCGAAGAAAUGCAGUCUUCUAUAUCAGAUAUCACAGACAUUGUGGUGACUUGUGGAAGUGGAGGAACAGUUGCUGGAUUAUGUAUAGCCAAUCAUCUCACAGGAUCAAAGUUCAAAGUACAUGCAAUGACAGUGAGUGAUGAUGCCAAAUACUUCCAUAAUCAUAUCAAUGAGACACUAUCAGAACUUGGACUGACCGAGGUCAGAUCAGAGGAUAUUCUAGAUAUCAUAGAUGGCUAUAAAGGCCGGGGUUAUGGUCUUUCAACUGAGGAAGAAUUGGAAUUCAUUAUGGACACUGGGGCAAAAACAGGAGUGAUUCUAGAUCCCACAUACACUGGGAAAGCUGCCCGAGGCCUAGUGUCCGAGCUCCAAAACAAUCCUCAGAGAUUCCAGGGAAAUAAAAUUCUAUUCGUUCAUACAGGAGGAAUGUAUGGACUUUUCGAUGGUCGGAUCAAUCGUCUCUUACAAGAAAGAAAAACACCAAAUAGCAGUGUCGUUCAUUUGUGGAGUGACAAAUGUGACGCCAUAAGCAUUAGUUAACAAAGGAUUAUAGAUAAUCUUUUCUAUUAGAUAUAAUUGUUUUUUGUUGAUAAUCACAUUUAACAGCCCAAUGUUUUAAAUAUACAUGGGUCAUACUUGUCAAAUAAUGCAAUAUUACCUCAGGUAUGCUAAUCUGUGACAUUAUUUAUGAAUUAAUAAAUUGAAAGUUUUUGUACAUUGUGUACAUAUAUUGCAUGUUUUACGGUAAUGGUUUUGUUUUGAUUUUUCUUUGAUAAACCAUUGUGGAUUUUCAUGCUAAACGGUUUAAACUGACAUAGCAAAUUUUAUGUUGAUAUUUUGUGAAAAGGAGAGAGAAGAUCCACAAUAUUUUCAAUUUACAGGUACUAAUAAGAAAUUUGAUAGCCAAGUAUGUAAUUUAAUUAUAAUAGAACAUGGUACAAAUUAUGUCUUUAUUGUUCUAUA